CCGGGCCGAGGGUGGGCGUGGCCGACGUGGGGUGGGCCGCAGCCGACCGAGUCGGACCCGGCCGUCGGGGGCGCUUCCGGGUGUCACCUCCAGAGGGCGCCGGCCGCGGAGCCGCCCUCAGAGUCGUGAGGCCGGACGCAGCGCUGCGCCGACCCACUCGCCCCAGCCGCCGCCAUGAAGGCCGUGGUGCAGCGCGUCACCCGGGCCAGCGUCACAGUUGGAGGAGAGCAGAUUAGUGCCAUUGGAAGGGGCAUAUGUGUAUUGCUGGGUAUUUCCCUGGAGGAUACACAGAAGGAACUGGAGCACAUGGUCCGAAAGAUUUUAAACCUGCGUGUAUUUGAGGAUGAGAGCGGGAAGCAUUGGUCGAAGAGUGUGAUGGACAAACAGUACGAGGUUCUGUGUGUCAGCCAGUUUACACUGCAGUGUGUCCUGAAGGGGAACAAGCCCGACUUCCACCUGGCAAUGCCCACGGAGCAGGCAGAGGGCUUCUACAACAGCUUCCUGGAGCAGCUGCGUAAGACAUACAGGCCGGAACUUAUCAAAGAUGGCAAGUUUGGGGCCUACAUGCAGGUGCACAUUCAGAACGAUGGGCCUGUGACCAUAGAGCUAGAAUCGCCGGCUCCCGGUACUGCCACCUCUGACCCAAAGCAGUGUGUUAUCAUUGGGCAGAACUGGAUCCUGAAAAAUUCAAGAUGCUAAGCACCUACACUACUUUAAGAAUUGGGAACUGAAACAUGAAGAGGAAGGCAGAAAUAAGAAGCUGGUAACCUGAAUAGCUCUGCAAAAAAACACCAAAGGACCGUUUUACCAUUUUAUGUUGUUGCUGUGAUGAAAUGAGGCAGAGGGCACUGCUGGUGGAUUGGGGGAUGGGGGCACACGUGGCAGAAGGCGUGCACUCGUGCCUCCCCCACAAAAAGGCUUUGUUGGCUUCUGCCACAUCUUGGCUUGCUUUUGGAACAGGCUGGCCCAGCAUCAUUUGUCAUCAAGUCCACCGUGGUGUAUUCUGUGUGUCCAUGGCGGGGGGUUGUCCGACAUGCUCACUCUGUCCAUGUUCUUUCUACUGCUGAUUCAUAAGCCUGGGUCCGUGUUGAGAUGUCAAGAGAGCAAUCAUCCAUGCUGAUGUAUUGUGUGAGACCUUCGCAUCUUGUACAUUUUCUCUUUUUCUAAAAAUAAUAAAAUCCUAAAUCUCAACAAA